ACCCGGGGGAAAGUGGAACACCAUGGUUUCAUUAUGUAGUUUUACAAUAAUUAUUCAAGUAUUUUUAAUUUACCGCCAGGGGGAGUCGUGAGUAAAUUCGCACCUGUCGGACCGAAAGCCGUCGACAGACUUUUCAGUCUAACCUUUUAUAAAAGAUGUUAAACACUAACGCGAUGAAGACAAACAAAUUUCAAAUUUCUGACUGGUUCACAUCGGGAGCAACGUUUGCUAAAGUUAAACUGAUGGAAGAGGCGACCGAGAAAGACGUAGACGAGGCAGCGUCUGAAGUGAGCGGUCUAUCUGUGGUUCAGGAAAACGAUGUGAAAUCUGACGAAAACAAAAUCCACAAAUGUGAACCUGCAGCAGGUGCAGCGCCUCCUACACUUGGUAGUUAUGAGUAUCCCAGUCUGCCGAUAACCAAAUACAGACAGCAGCUGAUUUCCUUCAUAGAACACAACUCUGUGGUGAUCGUCCGAGGAUGCACAGGCAGUGGAAAGACCACUCAGCUGCCUCAGUUCAUACUGGACCACUACAGUGAGAAAAAUGCCCCGUGCAACAUCGUGGUCACUCAGCCGCGCAAAAUCGGGGCCACCAGCAUUGCGAGAUGGGUCGCGUCACAGCGCAAGUGCACCCUGGGUAGUCUGGUGGGCUAUCAGGUCGGAUUGGAAAAAAUGGCGACUGAACACACUCGCCUCAUCUACAUGACGACCGGAGUACUUCUGCAAAAAGUGGUUUCUGUGAAAUGCCUCACGGAGUUCUCCCACAUCUUCAUAGAUGAGGUCCACGAGCGCACCGAGGAGUUGGACUUUCUCAUAUUGGUUUUAAGAAAACUCCUUCAUUCUAACUCUCGUUUCGUCAAGAUCAUUCUGAUGUCUGCAACCAUUAACUGCAAACAGUUUGCAGAGUACUUUGCCACCCCAGUGCGAGGCACUAUGAACCCAGCUUAUGUGUUCGAGGUGGAGGGUGCGCCGUACGCUGUUGAGCAGUUUUAUCUGGACGACCUGCAGCACCUGCUGCCGUCCAAGACCGUGACCUUUACCUUGGACGACCCUUGUAUCUCAUGGGAGCUGUAUAAUCUGGCCCUCAGUCUGAUCCAGAGCUUUGAUGAGUUAGAGGGAAGAGAUUCCAGCAGAGAAGCUCAUAAGCACAGUGGCGUGACUUCUCCAGAGAGGGGCAGUGUUCUGGUUUUCCUCCCUGGUCUGUAUGAGAUAAACUACAUGAAGGAGGCCUUGGCCAAACUGGUCCACAAGAGACUACAGGUGUACUCGCUCCACUCUACUGUGCUCCAGGAGGAGCAGAACGGUGUGUUCCUGCUCCCCGUCCCUGGAUACAGAAAGGUCAUUCUUUCCACCAACAUCGCAGAGAGUUCAGUGACGGUUCCUGAUGUCAAAUAUGUCAUUGACUUUUGCAUGGCCCGACAUAUGGUCUGUGACCCGGACACUAAUUAUCAGUCUCUGCGUCUCACCUGGGCGUCCAAAACCAACUGCAAUCAGCGCAGAGGCAGGGCAGGGCGAGUCUCUAAGGGCUACUGUUACCGUCUGGUCACUCAAGACUUCUGGAAGAAUGACAUCCCAGACUAUAUGAUCCCAGAGAUGCUGCUGGCUCCCCUGGCUGCUAUUGUGCUCAAAGUGAAGUUGCUGGACAUGGGAGACCCCCGAUCCCUCCUCUCCAGUGCUCUCUCACCCCCUAACAUUUAUGACAUCGUGAGAACUGUGCUCCAACUCAAAAUGAUAGGAGCGCUGUCUGCAAAAUGUGGAGGGACAGCUGGGAAUGAAGAUGGCGACCUGACAUUCUUGGGUCGAGUGCUGGCCCGCUUACCUGUGGACCUGCACCUGGGGAAGAUGAUUGUCCUCGGCCAUGUCUUUGGCUGUCUGGAUGAGUGUCUCAUCAUAGCUGCCUCCAACUCUCUGAAGAGUUUCUUUGCCAUACCGUCCAUGCAGCAGCUGGCUGGUCACAGGAGCAAGUGGUCCUUUGCUCGUGGUUCCCAGAGUGAUUCUCUAGCCUUCAUCAAUGCCUUCAGGGCGUGGCAAUCUUUGAAGACCAAAGGAAAGCUGAGACAUCCAAAGGAUGAGCUGGACUGGGGGAAAGAGAAUUUCAUUCAGAUCAGGAGGAUUAAGGAGGUUGCUGAGCUGUAUGAAGACCUGAAGAAGCGCGUGGCCCAGUUCAACAUGCUGGUCCCAGAAGACAGUCAGCCGUCAGACUACACCAGCACACACAGGCAGAAGUUCAUCCUUCAGGUGGUGAUCGCCGGUGCCUAUUACCCCAACUACUUCAUCCAGGGAGAAAUAGAUGAAGAACUGGCCUGUAAGGAACUGAUCUGCCUUGACCCCAGAACUACAGUGAUGUUGAGGAGCCUCCCUCCCUACAGUUUCCUGUACUACAAGCAGCUGCAGUCCCUGUUCCGCUUGUGUGGACAAGUCAAAAACAUUUACUUUGACAGUUCCAGAGCUUAUGUGGAGUUCUACAGGACGUCUCAGGACUCGGGGGUUCUGCCUGAAGUUUCCCUGGCUCUCCUCCUGGCCCAACAAAAGUCUCGACUGGAGCUCUCUGUUUACCCCACAGAACUGAUAGAAAAGUGUGCAGGAAACAGAAGUUCUACUCCGGUGAAAUACGCAGGAGUAACAGCAGACUUUGAGAACCAGUCUAUUGACCUGGUACGAGCCAGGAACAGCAGCACUGAUCCAGAAAAGCUGCCCCCCAACCGGCUGUUCGUGGUCAACAUCACUGAGGUGAUUGAGGUGGGACGUUUCUGGGGCUUCCUGUCAGAUGAAGCCAGUUUGGAGAAGCAGCGAGUCCUGACGGCUGAGAUCAACAGACACACCCUGACUCCACUGUCUGUGUCUCUGUAUCCAAACCUGAUGUGUUUGGCUCCUUACUCUGAGAACAGUGAUCAAAGCCUGUACUACCGUGCCAAGAUACUGCACACACGUGGCAGUUCAGUGGAGGUGUUCUUCCUGGACUUUGGUAACAGAGAGGUUGUUUCCUGCAGCGGCCUCAGAGAGCUGCCGUCUGACUUCCUGUCUCAGCCGUUCAUGGCUCAUGAGUUCCAGGUUUGUGGAAUGCGUCCCUCGACUCAGUCCAUCAUCCUGGGUAAACAGUGGAGCAGCAAAGCCCGUGACUUCUUCCACACUUUGGUGAAAGGAAACACGCUUUUGGUGUCGCUCUAUUCGUUUCUCCACAACGUGAUGCGCGUUCAUCUGUUCAUCAACGCCAAAGCAACCAACACCAGCGUGGUGGACCUCCUGGUGAAGGAAGGACAUGCCAUAAAGGUUGAAGAGUGUUUUGCGUCAAAGCAACACCACGAGGACCUGAUGUCUCUGUACAAGAAGGUAGAAGCAGGGACCUACGUCCCCAGUGUCAUCAAAGGCUACUGGAAGGAUCGCAACCAAGCAGAGAAAAACCUCAUCGACGAUCUGAUCGCUCACUUUUCUAAGAACGGUCAAUCUUAUGCUGUGAAAAAGGUUCACCUGAUUGGACCUACCAGCCCUUACCAGAUAAGGGUCAGCCUGAGACGGAACGCCUGCUACAAGUCGGUGAUGGUUGACAAGUACAGCAUCAACUCCCUGGCCUUGAAUCCAAAUCUUCACUACAAACAUCAGAGGAUGUUGGUGGCUGGGACCGUGUCUGUCAGCUCCACGGGUUCACAUUUUCUCCUCAGAGACACCUCCCUCAUGCCCGACAUUCCUGGACUCCCUGCACUCCUCACCAUGCUCUUCACUCCUGUCAUGGAGCUGCGUAUGAAUGAGGAGGGGACCUGCUACACCGGUGCUCUCUGUGGACUGGGCUGGGACGCUCACUCACAGGAGGCCAUGCUGCCGGACCAUGACAUGGAGCUCACGUUUGACGUCAUGUUGGACGUGGAGGACAUCAUAGAGAUAAAUGCCCUGAGAGUGGCCAUCAACCGUCUGAUGUGUGAAGGACCCAGUGGAACUCUGCACCUAGGACCAAACAAGAUCAGCCGUCUGCAGGAGGACUGUCGAGAGCAGCUGAUAAGUCUUUUCAUCAAGUCGUCACCAAGAAAAAACAUCGCUCCAAUUUACUACGAGAAAUGGGGGAAAUGGAACCAGGUUGACCCUUCUGUCAGGAUGGAGAUGGCAGAGCCCAGCAGCAGAAACAUGGGUGGAGCUGUCUACCAGCUGCAUCCAAUCACAUUACUCAACCCUUAAAAAAAAAAUCACUGUUAAGUUUAGUGUUGUUGAUUGAACUGUUGUGAAACCAACAGUUUUGUUACUUGUGAAAUCAUGUAUGUGACCUUUAUUUUAGGAUGAACCAGAACUGAAGCCUGAUCUUUGUUCAUAUUUAAUGUUCAGUUCUUCUUCACACAGAGCUGUCAGCCUGUAAUCAGACUUUCUUUUUGACCAAAACGGUCAAGUGAAAUGUUUCAGUGUGUUUACGUUUCAGUGUUACUGAACCUCUUUGUACUGUUGAAACAACAGUUCUGACCUGUGUUGAUGUUCUUUUCAGAUUAAACGUAACUGUGGUUCUGUGGAGCACAGAU